AGCAGUGCGGUCAUGGAAAUGCUGGGAGAGUGAAUGUUGAGGUUAUGUGUUGUGUUUGUAAAGUUUUAGCGGUUCCAACAGAAGAUGUAUUACGUACUGAAAAUAUUGUUAUUUUUCAUCGCGUUAACGUGUCUUAUAUUCUGUGACGCGGAAGACAUUUUGGGUUGUGGAGGAUUUGUUAAAAGUGACAUAGACAUUAAUUUUUCCCAGGUAGAAGUAAAAUUGUACACUAAACAAGGAAGCUUAAAGGACCAUACCGAUUGUGCACCAAACAAUGGCUAUUACUUCCUGCCAUUGUACGAUAAAGGAGAAUAUGUCUUAAAAAUUGAGCCACCAGCAGGAUGGAGUUUUGAACCAAAAGAAGUGAUCUUAAAUGUUGAUGGCAGAACAGAUCAGUGCAGCCAAGGAAAAGAUAUUAACUUUGUGUUUAAAGGCUUUGCUAUUACCGGAAGAGUUGUCAGCUCUGGACGUCAGGUUGGACCAAAAGGGGUGAAAGUUACCCUAUUUCCUGAUGGUCAACGGGAGUUUUCCCCAAUACAAGAUACUUUGACAUCAGAAAAUGGUGACUUUCACUUCACACCUGUACUGCCUGGGAAAUACUUCAUCAAAGCAUCUCAUCCUACUUGGAAACUCAGCAAUAAUUCAGUGGUGAUUCAGCUUAUGAAGGAAAGAGCCAAUAUUCCUUCUAGCAGUCUGGUUGUUGCAGGUUACGAUGUUUCUGGUUUGGUUACCAGUGAUAACGAACCCAUCAGAGGAGUCAGUUUUGUUUUAUUUCAAGCUGAAGAGUCCCCUCCACUGGCUGAGAUCCAGGGCUGUGAGAAGAAUCCACUUAAAGGCUUCAAGAUAAGUGGAUCAUCACCCUUGUGCCAUGUCAUCUCAGAUGAAAAGGGCCAGUUUACAUUCCCUUCAAUACCACCAGGCUCAUAUAAAGUAGUCCCACAUUAUGAAGGGCCCCAUGGCAUCAAAUUUGAUGUGAGACCUGUUGAAAUUCAUUUCACAGUUGAACAUGGGAGUUUUAAAAUUGAUACUGAGUUCAAGGUGAAGGGCUUCAGUGUGAGUGGACGAGUGUUGUUGCGAACAGGUGGGAAGGGAAUUGUUGGAGCUGUUGUUUUGCUCAAUGGAAAGACGAGCAGUGUGACCAGAGCUGAUGGAAGCUAUCACUUGGAGAACCUGCAGGCUGGUUCAUACGUACUGCAAGUACAAGCCCAUGACAUGAAAUUCCCUGAAAUGAACGUGAAGAUAACGCCGAACACCCCUCAGCUUACGGAUAUAUUUCCCUCGUCAUUCAAAGUGUGUGGCGUCGUAUCACCCUAUAAACUGAUAUCGGGAUCUACUGAAAAUGGACUGAGCUCUGUUGUACUCUCAAAGGAGGGAGGUUCUACUGAACCAAUAAUUGCAGAAGCACGGGCAGAAACUGGUGAAUUUUGUGUAUUCUUGGAGCCAGGAAAAUAUGAGGGAAGAGUGAAAGUUUCAGAAGAUGAGAAGAUGAGGGGUUUACAGUUUUUCCCAGCUGUACAUGUGAUAGAAGUGGUGGAUAGUCCCAUAUUAUCUGGCAUUGAAUUCGCUCAGCUGAAAGUGAAACUUGCAGGGCAUAUAUCUUGUUUGGCUGGAGAUGGUAACUGUGAUGAGAUUCCCGUCCACCUGCAGGCCCUUCUAGGCAACAACAAUGAAGCCCGUCCUGUGACCACCACGAUUUCAAAAGGAGGAAGCUAUACGUUUGAGGACAUCUUGCCAGGAAGGUAUCAGGUCUCUGUACAUAAGGAUGAGUGGUGCUGGGAGUCAUCUGCUCAGACUGUUUCAGUUGGUACAGCAGUGUCUACAGUCCCUCCAUUUAGACAAGUUGGCUACACUGUGACCUUCAUGUCAAGCCAUGACACCCAGGUGCAAUAUAAAUUGCAAACCCCUGGCAACUCACCUGCUACCACUGGUAGUUUAAACGUGAAGAGAGGAACGAUGAAGUCAUGUGUGUCUGAGGCUGGGACCUAUGAAUUUGUGCCAAUUGGAUGCCAUGGCUAUGCACAGCCAUCUGUGAAAUGGAAUUCUGCGACUGCAGCGACUUCCUCGGUUCGUCUCACAGCCGUUGCACAUACCCUGGGCGGAAGAGUCCUUACAACUGAGAACGUGAAGGAUGUGUUUAUUAAUGUUCUGUCAGGCGAAGAUGGCAAAUUAAAGGCAAGGCUGGGGCCCUUAAGUCCAAAGCCAAGUUCUGGUGGGAUGCUGGAAUACAACUUUAAACUCAUGGCUGCUGAGGGUGAGAAAUUGGUGCUGGAGCCCACAGCGGGGACACUUCUUUUCAGUCCUCCACGAAGCGUGUUAGUUGGUGCAAAUAAUUGUGUCAGCACAGCUGUGGAAUUGCACGCAGAAAAAGGACAUCUUGUGGAAGGUCAAGUCAUUCCACCAUCUGCUGGAAUUAAGGUCACCAUCACUAAGGGAUCCAGCAGUGAGGUUGUAGUUGUGACUGAAACUGCUGAAGAUGGCAAGUUCAAGAUUGGCCCUUUGCAAGGGGGAGUGGAUUACAGGGUGAAAGCAGAGAAAGAAGGCUUUGUUCUAACAGGACCAGAUGCAAAGGGGAAUUUCAAUGCUCACAAGUUAGCUGAAGUAAUUGUUGAAGUUCUAGAUAAAGCCGAUGGAAAACCAUUGCAAGGUGUGUUGUUGUCAUUGUCUGGUGGUGAAAGUUUCCGUCGGAACAGUCAGACAGGAACAGAUGGCAAGAUGACAUUCAGUUCUUUAAGCCCAAGCGAAUAUUUCUUGCGGCCUAUGAUGAAGGAAUAUCGGUUUGAACCUCAUUCUAAAAUGAUAACCGUGGAAGAGGGAGCUACUGUGAAUGUGCAGUUAAAUGGUCAUCGAGUAGCAUAUAGUACAUAUGGGAUGGUGACUUCACUGAAUGGUGAACCAGAAGAUGGUAUUGUUGUAGAGGCCAUAGGACAAGAGAAGUGUUCCCACUUCCAGGAAGAAAGCAGCUCUGAGUCAAAUGGGCAGUUUCGUAUCCGAGGCCUCCAUCCGGAGUGCAUUUAUGUUGUUCGUGUAAAGGAAGGGCCGGAGAUCAACCAGCAUAUUCAGCGGUCAACACCGGUUGGAAUCCCUGUGAAGGCUGCAGAUGGUGAUGUAACAGACCUGAGGCUCGUUGUAUUCCAUCCAAUAACUCAAAUGGAUCUCACAGUACAUGUACAAACCACAAACCCGGAACAUUUACGGACGCUUCGUGCGAAACUUUGCCGAGAAGAUUCUCCAGAUUCCCCGGUUCACAUAGUAAAACUUGACUCGCCAAAUGGAAAAUCUCCAUCUAGCAAAGGGACCAAUGCUGCGAUGCUCGUCUUCCCAUCUCUUCCUGCAGAUGGACGAGGCUAUUUCCUCCAGCUUGAGUCCACUCUUUCCCAUUCUACUCAUUCAUAUACAACUCAUGCUGUUCAUUUUAAAGCCAACUCUUCAUUUAGACUAGUCAAACUUUCAUUCAAACCAGAACCAAAGGUUCUGGAGCAUGAAUUAGUACAUUCUUCAUAUUUUGCACUUCCAUUGAUAAUAAUGGCAGUGGUGAUCUAUUUUAAUCAUGUGAAAAUAUUGCCAUUUCUUAACUGGAUUGUACAGUCCCUCAGCAGUUCGUUAACGACUGGUGUCAACACCAGCAGGGCGAUAAAUACAACAUCCGAUCACGCUGCCGUGGAUGCAGUUAUGGUUGAGCCAAUUAUUAAUGUCACAAAACGUAAAUUGAAACCAAGGAAAACUUGAAUUACAUUUGAAUUUAUUCUGUUGUAGCUAAAGACUGGAACCAAUUUAAAGAGAAUCGUCUCCAUA